CCUCUACUCCUCGGUCUCUGCCGAAAGGCGCUCUCCCAGCCGGGCCCCCUCUCGAUUCAAUUCAAGACAGCUCUGCAGCGGGCCGAUACACAUGGAGCUCGCAGCCGGCGCUGGCGUAGCCGCGGCUGCGGCGGCCGGUGGGGCCGCGUACCUGCGUAGUCGACGGGGCCCGGCGUCUGGCAAGGAAGGCACGACCAAAUGGCAGUGGCGCGCGGCUGCCGUGAAGGAGCGGCGCGCCCUGUGCAUCUGCUGCUCCUACCCGGGGACGCAGUGGGCGCUGCCGGGCUGUGUGCCCGACCAGGAGGCCAUGGUCAAGACGCUCAUACGUAACAGCUACGCCGUCACCUUUCUGGCUGACCACACACCCGCCUGGGGCCAGCCCAAGCCGAGCGCGCUCAGCAAUCGCCGCAAUAUCCUCGCCGAGCUCGAGGCGCUGUGCCGCUGGCUCCACGCGGCUCCAGGCAGGCAGGGUUGGGUCUCGUACUCUGGCCACGGCACGCAGACUGCCGACCGCGGCGGCGACGAGGCAGACGGCCUCGACGAGGCCGCGAUGGUGCCCUGCGACUUCAAGAUGGCAGGCCUGCUGACGGACGACAAGCUCCGCACGACCAUCCGAUUCGGCGCGGGCUCCUCGCUCAUGUUCUUCUUCGACUGCUGCCACAGCGGCACGAUCCUCGACCUGCCGUACACGCUGCGCCACACCCUCUCCGGACCCGAGUACCCGAUCGAGACCGAGGCGGGCGCCAUCUUUUGCAUCUCGGCGAGCAAGGACGAUCAGUCGGCCUACGAGACGGCAGAGGGCGGCGUGUGCACGCGCGCUUUCCUCGGCGCAUACACGCCCUCCGUCUCCCCGGCGGCGACGCUGCGACUGAUGCGCCGGUACGCCGAGCGAAAGGGGAUGCCGCAGACCAUCAUGAUGGCGUCAAACCGUCCGUUCACCGAGGCGGACGCCUCCUUCGUUGAGGCUGAGCCCGAGGGCGGCGGGGGCUUUUGCGCCGCCUUUCACCGCUGCCAGAACCGGCUCGGCUGCUCAAAGGGGCGCAGCAAAGCAGGCGACUUUGGCGGCGAGAACCCAGCGGCGCGGAGUCUCGAGCUGAACAGAGGGGAAGCAUCUGGGCGCGGGCCCAAGCUCCAUCCCAGCUGCCCCGACCCGCUCUCGACCACGAAGGGGCGCGCUUACGUCGCCGCUCGCCGUGCGAAGCUGGCGGCGCCCCCUCCGUAGGGCCCGAGAGGCAAGGCGGGGACCGACUCUGUCCGCGCAGAGUGCGAGGACACAGGUAAGUCGAGAGGAGGGGGCGAGGAGCGACGCCGCUGACGGGAGCGGAGAUUCGGGAGCGAUCUCGGCGCGCGUUGCGGGCCCCGGAGUGAUCGACAUAUCCUGUCCGAUCGAGAAAAAGCGGCUGAACCAACGGUCCACGCACUGCGCGCGUGUGCAUUCU